AUGGCUGAUCUUGCAUUACCGGUGUCAUACUUUCUAACAUCACAACAACACAUAGGCUACGUAAACGUCACACUUAGUGACUAUGGGAAGCUGGGAGACACCAACGAACGAGCCAUGCGUAUGGCUGACUUCUGGCUGACGGAGAAGGACUUGAUUCCAAAGCUGUUUAAAGUGCUAGCCCCUCGAUUCCAAGGUCAGAAUGGAGGCUACACAAGAAUGGUGCAGAUUCCAAAUAGAAAUGAACAGGAUCGGGCCAAGAUGGCAGUGAUCGAAUACAAAGGAAACUGCCUCCUACCCCUGCCACUGCCUCGCAGAGACAGCAACCUCACACUCCUAAACCAGCUGCUGCGGGGGCUUCAGCGAGACCUCGCUCAGAAAGAGAAAGCCAGCAUUCACAGCUCCUCCACACCUGAAACACCAGGAAUGUAA